AUGCAUCCAUCAUCAGGGCCCCAUAGCACACCGGCUGCCGUCCCCGUCGCGAAUAAUGUCUCGGAUGCUGGACAAACUGAGCCAAUGUCAAACAUAGCAAGCGGCGGAUCUUCCGAGUACACUCUCAAUCAGGAACCAAGGCCAGGCGAUGCAGUUGCAAACGACAGCGCCCGCAGCCCGAUCCUCGGUUUUUCGAUCAGCGACACGGAUCGAGAACUCUUCUUCAAGGACGACACUGCUCUGCAGUACAAGGCUCAACCGGCCGAGCUGGUCCGAAAACUGUACACGGCAAUGAUUGACAUUAGUGAUAUACGGGACCUGCCUGGUAUAAGGGACUUCCGGCUUCUGACGGAGAAGAAGCGUGACAAAUCUGGUAGAGAAGACACGUAUUAUGAGACCAAGACGCUGGUCGCCUUCUGUUGGCGCAUUGCAUUGUUCAUGCUCGACGGCGCUGAAAAGGGCUUUGUGCGCGCCGACGAUCAACGACUGCGACUCAACAAACGGCAAUGGCGGUGGUACCGCCGCUUCAACCUGCGCCUUUCCCAUGCUACCAACGCUCUAAGGAGGGAGAAGUCCGUCUUGGCCGCCCUACUGCACGAUGGAGUAGGAACAAUACUCAAUUUUGUCUACGCCCCGCGCAAGUUUGAACUAUUGAAGUCAGGCCCUCUUCAAGAGUGGCGAAGGGUAUGUGAGACGAGCGACCUUGAUGUACUCGACUCCAGCCGCAACCUCCCGCCUCGGAACCCACACACGCAAACACAGGUGCUCGUCAAUCCAAACACUCGGGAACUCUCCUCAAAACGCAUCGACCGCCUCUGUGCUCUCAACUUACUCAACCCCAACAUUCGGUCGUGCACCUCCACCGCGUCACGGCCCUCAGACACCGGCUCCGACACCCCAGCACCAACAACUGCAAUUUGGAGCCGCACCCUCAUCAGCACAUUUACCUCCCGCAACACUUACUCUUCCGCCCCGGCAGCGUGGCCCGCAAAUGAUUGGAUACCAACGUUCCAACCCGCCAACGCCUUUACCGCGACCGUUGCUGCAACUUCCGCCGCUCCUCCUGCCACUACCAUCGCCGCGCAGCAGCAGCAGCAGCAGCAGCAGCAGCACCACUUUGCCCCUAUACGCCCACCAGCACCGCCGCCGCCGUCAAAGACUCUAUCCAUGACCGUAAACCUCAACGCCAGCAGCUUCAUGAGCGGCAGUCCGCACGGCGUCAUGCCGCUGGCUGGAUACGCGAUCGGAGACGGCAGGACGUGGUACGAUCCUACUUUCCACGGAAUGCCUUUUCCAGCGGCGGCGCAGUCGGCGCAGUUGGCGUCGGUGGAGGGUACGCAGCAGCAGGGUGGUGGAGGUGAGCAGCCCGACGACGACGUUGUCGCUGACGCUGAGGGAGAGGAGGUUUGGGGGGUUGAUGGAUGUGGAUGA